UACGGGCCAAGCGACGGAAACUCGAAAACUAGCGCAUAGCCCGAGUGUUGUUCGUGUGUUUGCGAGACAGAGGUUGACGAGUGCUGAGUGUGAAGCAAGAAAAACGGGAAUAAGAUUUGAUUGGCAAAAUGUUGUCAAUCGGCAGAUUCCGAAACGGUUAAAUGCAAGUGAUAACCGGAAAAUUUUACUUGCUGCUGGUGGAUUAUUUGUACAACCGCAUCUGUUUAUCUCUACGUUUUAAAAAGUGAGUAAGUUUGUUUCGCUUCCCGGGUCUGUUCGAUAGAUAUUGCCGCGAAAGUGUUUUAACGCAGUGAAGUAAAGAAGCGUAUUAUUCGCGUGUGUGCGAGUCCGGGGCGAAUUGUUCCCAAAAUUCCUUUUUGCCAGAAGCGGAAGAAAAAGGUGGAAAAGUGUGAGUUGAGUGCGAAACGAGCUGAUGACAAGCUUCCCUGGUAGUGAUUUACAGGAAAGCUACAAAAUUAUAAUAAAUAUACCGACGACUGCACCAGUGUGCAAAAAAAAGGCGCAGAAGAAGUGCUUUCCGUGUGUGUGUGUGAUUGUUUAGUGUGUUCCAAAUCAAUGACAACCGAUCGACGGCAGCAGCAGCAGGUUGAAGGCAUGCAAAUCAAUCAAUGUAUUCAUUAGCGAGACGAAAGAGAAGAAAAAAGUAAACAAGUGGAAAGGUGAAGAAUUCUUUGAGCAAAAUUAUUGCCAAGCGAUCAAUUCUCGAUAGCGCGUGAAGACACGAAAGACGCGAUCAAAUAAAAAUCCCGAAAACGUUGAAGCUGGAAGUUGAUUGGAAUUGACGAAAAUAGUGACGAAGAGUGAGAGCAGAGGCGAGGCCUGCAAACACCGUGUGGAGGCGGUUUUAAGUUUUGAAGAUUAACUACUCCCAACAAUCAAUCACCGAAAGUAAAAGGAAGCGGCUCGUAGGAUACGGUGGCCACAACUGUGGAGGCAGGCCACCUCGGGGACAAAGGAUCUCUUGCGAGAACCGCUUACGAACAGGACACACACAACCGUCAGGAUGGCGUACCAAAAGCCCGUCGACAUCGACGGAUACGUCACGCAGAUGGCAAAGGCGGACAUGCGCGUGAAGGCCCAGCUGGCCGAGGAUCUGGUGCUGUAUCUGAGCGAUUCGGAGAAUUCGAUCGAAUGCACCGACCUCGGCCUGCUCAUCGAUGGGCUGAUUCCGUGGAUGACCGGAAGUCACCAUAAGAUUGCACAGCGCGCCCUGGAAGCGUUUACAGAGCUGAUCGUGCGCCUCGGACAAGACUUUAACGCGUACACCUCCACCAUCCUGCCGCAUGUGAUUGACCGGCUCGGUGACAGUCGCGAUACGGUACGGGAGAAGGCACAGCUGCUCCUGCACAAGCUAAUGGAGUGCCGGGUGGUGGUUCCGCAGUCGCUGCUCGACAAGCUGAGCAUCUGCUUCAAGCACAAGAACGCCAAGGUGCGCGAAGAGUUCCUGCAGACGAUCGUCAGCACGCUCAACGAGUACGGCACACAGUCACUGUCGGUGAAGACGUACAUCCAGCCGAUCGUUAGCCUGCUCGGUGACCCAGCACCCACAGUCCGCGAUGCCGCCAUUCAGACGCUGGUCGAGAUAUAUAAGCACGUCGGCGAAAAGUUGCGCGUCGAUCUGAAGAAGCGUGACGUACCGCCAACGAAGGCGGCCAUACUCGAGCAGAAGUUUGACGAGACGCGGAACGAUGGGUUGCUGUUACCGUCCGCACUGCAGGCAGCCACCGGUGGUGGUGGUGGUGGUCACGACGAGCUGGACCGGUCCGCGGUCGUCGAGCGGCCGACGCGGUUAGUGAAGCGCACACCGUCAGCGGCCACGCCACGGAAGCCGCUUUUCGAGACGCAGACGGCCGGUUCGGGUGAUCUGCUGCUAGCGGCGGGCGCUGUGUCGCACGAGGUGUUCGAGGCGUCGUUCGAGAACGUGCCGCAGCUGACGGUCUUCUCCCAGCGCGAUAUGGACGAGCACGUGAAGUCGAUCAACACGCUGAUCGGCGACAAGAGCGUGGACUGGGAGAAGCGGGUGGACGCGCUUAAAAAGAUCCGCUCGCUGCUGAUGAUCAAUGUGCAGGGUUCGCCGGCAUUCACCCAGCAGCUGAAGGACCUGUCGAUCGCGUUCCUCGACAUCCUGAAGGAGCUGCGGUCGCAGGUGAUCCGCGAGGCGUGCAUUACGCUCGCGUACAUGAGCAAAGUGUUGCGCAGCCGGCUGGACCAGUUCACCAUCUACAUACUGCAGGAGCUGAUCAACCUGAUCCAGAACUCGGCCAAAGUAAUCUCGUCCGCGGGCACGGUUGCGCUGAAGUACGUGAUACGCUACACGCACGCACCGAAGAUCAUACCGAUCUUGACGCAGAAUCUCAUGCUCUCGAAAUCGAAAGACAUCCGCAGCACGCUUUGCGAGAUGCUCAGCUUGCUGUUUGACGAGUGGCCUACAAAGGCGCUGGAAAAGCAUAGCAGCUUGUUGCGGGAAGCACUCCGCAAGGGGAUGACCGACGCGGACAACGAUGCUCGGCGGCACAGUCGAUGUGCAUUCUGGAGCUUUCGGCGUCACUUCCCUGAUCUGGCAGACAACCUGUACGGUUCGUUGGACAUUUCUACCCAGCGCACACUCGAGCGCGAACGGGACAAUCUCGGAACAAACGGUACCAACUCAAUGAGUGUUAGUCUACGUGGCAGCAACAGUAGCUUGAAUUCUGUCUCUGGUGGGGUGAUAAAACGAAGACAAUCGUCCGGGUUGCGAAGUCCCGCGACCGCACAACCGCCAGUAAGCGCCACGAGCGUCAGCACGGAAAAUCUCACCACAGUCCCAGGAUCCGCAGCAUCAUCAUCGGCCGGCUCGACACGGCUGCAGCGGGCACCAUCGCUCCCGAGAACGCUCAAUCGCAACCGGAGCGGCAUUCCCGUGGCGACGACUGCCCGGGACGCGAACGCCGCGAACCAACAGACGGCGCAACAGUCGCAACAGCCGCCACCAUUGGCUGCCCGAGCGGGAGCUGCCGGUGGUUUUAGGAGUGUGUCCGCCGUCGAUACGGCCGCUGCCCAGCGUGCCCGAGCCAGAGCACAGUACUCUACCCUGGCCCGGCUGAAAGUGACCUCCGGAACGGCGUCUCUGCAGGGACAUUACGCGCAACAAGCACGUGCUAAAAAGACACCGUCAUCAGCAUCCGCCACCUCAUACUCCGCCAGCAACAACACGGCCACGCCACAGCAACCUCCUACACCGGAGCGCAAGAUCCGAUCGAGGGCAGGAGUGUCACAGUCACAGCCAACAUCCAGAAGCACUUCGCCGUCGAGUAAGCUGCGUGACAUGUAUAGCGGCGUGACAUCCAUCUAUCGACAAACGGGAACGGUGCCGAAAAAGGCACAGUCGGGCAUUCCGCGUUCGCUGGCAAACUCUCGCGAAACUAGCCCGACAAGAUCGCACACACAGUUCGGUUCGUUGCGCCGUCCCGCCUAUGGCACCGGUAGCCCGCGCCGACCACCGCUGAAUCCCGGUCGGCCAGUGCUGGCGCAGAAAAUCUUGCAGCAAAGCCGUGAGGCGGAGAACGCUCUGGCAGAUGCAUUAUCGCCGGGCGACGAGCAUGAUAUGCCGUGUGCCGAUUUCGCUAGGUUGGCUUUGCAUCGGAAAAUUUCACGCGACGAAUCGGACGAAAGUGAAGCGUCUUCGGUGUGUUCCGAGCGUAGCUACGACAGUUACCGGCGGGGCAAUGAUUCCUUCUCGUGGAACGGUUCGCGGACACGGUUAGACAGCUCACGGCAAAUGAUCGACGAUAUCGAUACGAUCAUCCAUUUUUGUGCCUCAUCGCACUGGUCCGAGCGCAAGGACGGAUUGAUCAACUUGACGCAAUACCUCAGCGAAGGCAAGCUGCUGACGCCCCAGCAGCUCCAGUGCGUGCUCGACCUGUUCCGCAAGAUGUUCAUGGAUCCGCACAUCAAGGUGUACGCCCUGUUUCUGGACACGGUCAAUGAGCUGAUCCUGUCGCAUGCGGCCGAUCUGCAGGACUGGCUGUUCAUACUGCUAACGCGGCUGUUCAACAAACUCGGUACGGACCUGCUCGGUUCGAUGCAUGGCAAGAUCUGGAAAACGCUUCAGCUAAUCUACGAGUACUUCCCUGCCGAACUGCAGCUCCAAUGUGUCUUUCGAAUAUUAGUUGACAAUGCGCAAACGCCGAACGUAAAGACCCGCCAGGCAACGCUGAAAUUUCUUUCCCAGCUAGCAGGGAACUACUGCACGGCGUCCCAGUUUGUGGUGCAUCCGCAGAACCAGCAGGUGGUGAACCAUGCGAUCCAGAAGAUCAUUCAGACGUCGCUCGAUCAGAAAAGCAUCGAGCUUAAGUCGCAGGCACGCAUGUGCAUCGUGGCCCUCUACAACUGCAAUCCAUCACAGAUGACAAUGACUCUAGCCAAUCUUCCAAAACAGUUUCAAGACACGGCUAAAGCCUACAUUCAACAGAACAUGAGAAGGAGCAAUUCAGGAAACGAUAGUCCAUCAUCUCCACUGUCGUCUUCGAGCCCCAAACCAUUGCUUAGUCCUCAGCAGGGGCCGUAUAGUUUACAGAACAUCGCUAGCCCGCGUUCACGGCAAGCAUCGGUGGAAGCGACGGCGGCGGAAUCGAUGAACACGGAGGAGGUGUACAAGAACCUGCGCAAGACGACAGCGGAAAUACAAAACUAUAGCUUCGAGAGCAAGCUGGAUCGUGAUACGAACAGUAAGGAUUCCGGCAUUAGUCAGAUGGGCGAAACGCACAUGAUGCAGUCGAUGACCGUGCUGGACGGUGUGGUUGGCCACGGUGGUAUGUACGGGUUGGCGUCGAACGGAAUGAACGGCCAUAUAGGAGGAGGCAUGGGAGGACUGGAAAAGGAUGAUUCAUGCAAUGGAUCGAAAACACAGUCAGCAACGACCACUGAGUCCAACACACCGGAAAACACCGUACGGCUGGACAGUAUGGAUCUGGCUCACAAGACGAUAGCACAACAGCAGCAACAGAUGCACUCACAGUCGAGCCGUCUCAGCUACAGCGUUGCCGAGAACGGCGAACUCGUGCUGGACAAAGGCGUGAAGGAGAACGAUGUGAUUAAAGCUGCGAUUGUGCUAACACUCCAGUCGGCGCCGGAAACCACCAAGCAGGUGCUAGAGAAUCUGCAAGUUUGCAUCAAGCAUGGGUCCUGUGAGCUACCCAUUAAGAAUUUCAAAGCCAUCAUGAAGAUGUUGCUGCAUUUGAUGGAAUCGCAGAAUAACGAUGUGCUGAUUGCCUCGCUGCACACGCUCGGCCGUAUCGUACGCAGCACGGAGAUGAAGGCUUGCUGGAGCAAUUUUCUCGAGCUGAUUCUAUUGAAGAUAAUAGACUGUUAUAAAAUUAGCAAAGAGGUGUCACGCGAAAUUGACAUAAUAGUGUUGAAGAUAGCGGGCGUGCUACCGCUGGACAUUUCCGUCAACAUACUGAACCCGGUGAUUGCGACCGGCGAAUUCCCGGCGAAUCUGUGCGCGCUGAAGAUACUUACCGAGCUGACGCAGAAGCAGGGCACGGAUCUGACCGAUAAUCACCUAGAUUGUAUAAUGCCAAAUGUAGCUAGGCUCGCCGACGAUAAUCAAUCGAUGGUACGGAAAGCGGCAGUGUUCUGUAUCGUGAAGCUCUAUAUUGUGAUGGGCGAAGAGAAAGUGAAACCAAAAUUCUCCUUACUGAACGCGAGUAAGAUAAGAUUAUUAAAUGUGUACAUUGCGAAGUCGAUGGGCAGCGGCAGUAGUAGCAGUAGUAAGGGCGGACCGUCAACGACAGCCAUGUCAUGAUCCAAAAACGCCAAGUGAUUAUUAUUCAAAGGACGCAAAUUUGCUAAACUGCUCUGUAAAUUUCGUAGAAGCAUCUCCGCUAUUCAAGAGUGAAGCACCUGCCUACCUACACACGAUCUUACCUGCGAGCACCACACUGAGACAACACUUUCCAAAAAUGUGCUUUUUCUUGUGCUCCCGGCAAAUCGGAACCGGAAACACACCCCAUCAAGACCUGGAGAGGCGGAGAAGCUUGGGUUGACAGGAGCAAAGAGAGCUAGAGAGAGAGCGAGUGCGAAGGUAGUAGUAGAAUGUGUCGAACAGUUUUGUAUGUGUGCGUGUGUGUGUGUACGGUGUUAGUGCGUAUGUGAGUGGGUGUGUGUGUGUGUGCGUCGUGUAGUCGCUAUCCCUUGUCCCAUUGUGCUGUGGGUGAAAGGCUCUGACUCUGCUGUGAAUUGAUGAAAACACCCCCCCGUAGCAUUCCUUCCUCACGGCGGUCCCGUGCCGUUUAAUACGAGAGGAGCACAGGAUGGUAACAGACAGGUCCUUCUAUCUUUCUAUCCCCCUUUUUUGUUGAAGAUAGUUUAACCACCCUAACUAACCCUAGCGAACGAUCAUGGAUGGACUUACAUGAAACGAAGACAGGUUUUGUUGUCUUAUUGCCCCGUUCGCACAAGCUAUUACUGCGUGUGUCUGUGUGUGUCUGGGAAGCGUGAACAACUGGCCAAAACGGAGAACCGAACGGACGGUUUUCUUUAGUAUUUAUGAGCAAAGUUUUGCGUAACGAUAGGACGAAAGGAAAUCUGUAAUCGUGCUUUAUAAUCUAACGCUACCGUUUUAUUGUAAAUUUGAAGACGAUCAUGUGAGUGCUUCGCAUUGAAUGGUGUCUGUGUCGAUGGCUUAUUUGUUCCAGUCUGAGCUUGAAUUGACUUCCAGGCGGCAGUUGAUUAUGGCCAUCGAAAGACUAUAUGCAGACAAUGAAUGACGAAUAGAUUUAGUGUGUGGCAGGCUUUCGGUAAUGAACGGUAAACUUCUAAAUAUAGCUAAAUUUAUGUCUCGGAACGUACACACACACAGACAAAAAGAAAAUAAAAAUUAGAAGCAGCGAAAAGGAAAUAUCUCACACACGUUUUGAUAUCAUUCCAGAUGUGCCCAGUCGAAGAAGGGAUGAUUAUGAGGGGUAAACGCUUUUGCAGAGGAAAUGUAACAAAAAGCUUUCCGCACACUUGCACAGUGCUUUGUCCCGGAGUUGGUAUUUUUGGUCGGGAUGGUUUUGUUCACGUCCCUUUCUAACUUUAAAUGAAUGGGACAUGAGACGUAACACGCGCAUAGAACCGGUUAGAACAAAGCAAGCUUAAGCGAUAAGCAAGCGAAUAAAUAAUUAUGUUAUAUGUUUUGUCCGAUAAGGAAGCAGAAGCAGAAAAGUGAAAAACACACACACACAUAUUACAAGAGAGAGAGAAAGACUACCUCUACUCGGGAUGUCUAGUCGCGUAAACGUUAAGGGAAAGCAACAACGGCAUAUAAUAAUAAUAUUUGGUAGUAAGCGUUUGUGCUCCUUUGUUCUUCGCCCGGUGGUCAUGUAAAAAUGUAACAAAUAAACCACACUCACACCCAUACACACACACACACUGACACGCAACCGACAACAUUCAGAAAGCGAAGAUAAAGUUGAGCAAAUGAGGUAGGAGAACGAUAAGAGGAGCAGCGGAGCAAAACCGUGCAAACGGGAAAGGAGCGAAACGAAGCGAAGGAGGAGACGGCGAAGCGGAAGGAUUAAACGGCCGGACGAAGUUUAACCAUAAUCGAUUAAACCCUUUACUAAUAAAAAGAAGACAAGACGAAA